AUGGCCCGCGGGAAUCAGCGUGAUUUGGCGAGAGCCAAAAAUCAGAAGAAUGCAGCCAAAUCAAAAGGCGGCAAUAACAUGGACGGCUACCAGCAAGCAAAGGCAUCCUUGAGCAAUGCCGAGAUCAUGAGACAGAAGCAAGCCAAAGCUGACGCAAAGAGAGCCGAGGAAGAGAAUAAAGCAUUGCAGGAAAAGAGAGAUGCAAAGUCGAAGAAGCAGACUCUGGGAGAGUAAAACUCCUCAAUGACGGACGCUACGUACGAAUACUCCAAUAGUACGGCAAAGGGACGAGGAAACACGGUACGGCGAAAUCGGGCGCUGCUUGACAUUUUACAACACGGCGCAACUUUGGGACGAUUUACGUGAAGAGGGGGGGAUAUUUUGGCUUAGUGCUACCCAGGUAUAGCCAUGGAUGAGGCGAAAUUGAUAUUUUGUAGCGGUAUUGCUAUUGCUUUACAACACCUUCAACUUUGGCUCAGCGAUUUAUUACUUAUUAUAGCGCUAUGGCUUGCUCUCUCAAGGCUAAGUCGCCAUUUAUACAUCAUAAGUUACAGG